UCUAAAGGGCACCGAGUCACAGUAAUAGACUGUGAAGUGUUCUAUAAUGGCCGACCCCCAAAACCCUAAUGCUGGAACCCCUCAGAAUCUUCCUCCUCCUCAUCCUUCUAAAAUUCCUUCCGAAAUCAGAAAUGGUGGCGCCAACACCAACGCUAAAGCCGACUUCUCGGGCCAAAAGGUCCACUACCCCAACUCACCCGACACGGCAAACCCGGACCCGGCAACACUGAGGGAGCAGUGGAGAUUUGCAAUACGGCAGUACAGCAGAUGGUACUCCCACGCUUGGGGCACAGCAAUUCUCGCGGGUCUCUCUUUCUUCGCUCUGGGUUGGAUUAUUAAGGGCUCUAAUCCUCUUCCUUCUAUCACGAAGGACGAUUCCUCUUCUGCCCCUUCAUCUCCUAAUGAUGCCAACGAAGCUCGGCGGUGAUACGUGAGUGUGAUUUUUAUUCUGGGUUUUGUAGCUUUCAUUAAUGGAUUCUGAUUUUUAUUUUGCGAGUGGGCUAUAAUUAUGAAUUAUAGAAUCUGUAGCCUUUGGCUUUGAGUAAGAGAAAUUCUUGGAUUUGUCGCACUGCUAGGAGUUAGAAGUAAAAGACCACAGCUUACCUAUUUUGAAUGGUGAUUUUAAUUGAUUC